UGCCUUGUGGUUUUCCACUAGAACAGCUUUUGGGACAGUCUUUGAUUUCCAGCGCCACUACCUUUGCGCGUCAUGACACACAGAAUUGGUUCGCCAAGUACAGUUGAGUCUCCAACGUCUCGAGCUUACACGUGCCAUUGUAGCACAUUGAAAGCAGCCUCGGACAUUUGCAGCGAUUGCGGACAUUGGAAGUCUUGACAGAUUCUAUGAAGAGGUUGGACAAAGGGGAAUGGAGGAAUAGAUCCAAGGAUGGCGACUACCUCUGAUUCGGAAUCUGAUUUGGAGCCUUGUUCGCACUAGAAACUAGCUAAGUACAUGAUAUGACAGAUAUUUCUGGGUCAGUAUGCGGUUCCUUUGACUGCCGGCCUUUGUUGAUUUGGAGCCAAGAAGCUCCAAGAACGCAAUUGCAUAACAGUAGCAGCAGAGAUUCUUACAAGAUUAUUUGUGGACAUAUUAUAUCCCUUGCCAAAACAGAGUUAGAAAGAAGAUGGAAAAAAGCUUGUCCAUCACCUGAUGCCUAUAGCCGUAAAUUUUGAAGUGUGUGUACAACAUCUCAUUUCGAGGAAGCAAUUUGCAUAGAAACUGCCAUCAAUGAUGCGGUUGUCUCUAUUGGAGGCCAUCGCUAUCAGGUUGGAGGCCAUCGCUACUAGGUUAGAGGCCAUUCCGAUCCUAUUAGGUUGGAGGCCAUCGCCAUUAGGUUUCCACUACUUCUCGCAGGAUGAAUGUUCUCCUUCCUUCCUGAAUCGGAUCAGCGUGGCACAUAUUCUACUCUCAUCUAGCCGGCAAGCUCGGUGGGCUUGGCUGCUUCUCAACCUGCUGUCAAGCGUGCUUGUAGUGUCAAGCGUUGCUGGAACUGUGAUGCUUUCAGUACCUCACUAUGGAAACAUCGACGGAUUCAUCAAAGUGUUCACUGACCUCGAAGUUACGGCGUCCACAUUCUUCAUUUUGGAGUACUUUCUUCGGCUCUUUGUGCACAGGAAAAAGUGCUGCAAUUAUGUCACUUCCUUUCUGGGCAUCAUUGACUUGCUUGUGUGUGUAGCAGCGGUGCCGACCCUUUAUGAAAAGUUCACUCAACGCAAGCAUUUCAAUUUCACAAAUUCCCAUACCUUUCAUGUUUUGUCCUGCUUUCGAAUGCUUCGGGUUUUGAAGCUUCUUCAGUUUGUCAAAGAGUAUCAAACCCUAACUUCAGCGCUUCGCAAAGAACUGCGAAUGAUAGUGGUAUUUCUAUUUGGUGUGUUCACUGUUGUUUUGAUUCUGGGAUCAUGCUUGUAUGCUGCUGAACGGAGUGCAAAUGAUAAAUCUGCAUUUUCUUCAAUCCCUGCUGGAAUGUGGUGGGCAACGGUCACUCUGACAACAGUUGGCUAUGGAGAUUUGGUCCCGGAGACCGUCUUUGGGAAGAUCUUUGCCUCGAUCUCAAUGCUGAUGGGCUAUGGCUUGCUGGCAGUGCCCACAAUUGUUGGAACCCUGGAGAUCAAUCAGCUUUCACAAGCACAGAGUACAAAAGACAGUUCGCGAUCCAAUGUUUUCGAUGUGAAUGAAGCCUCACACCAGCCCUUGCUUGGCGAUGAUAUGAUUCGUAUCCAUUGUCGCGCCCUUGACUGUGAUCGGCAUGGGUGCCUGAAAUGUGCUGCAGGCUUUCCUCUCUUAGAUGAGGUUAUUUUUUUGUGGAAUCAGAGAACUCGGCGUUUCGUAGAUGAGCAAUCAUAUGCUGUGGAGCAUUACUUCCGUGUGCUGCAAGCAAAACCCAUGCCUCCAGGGUAUGACAUAUUUGCAAAGGUUGAAGAGGAAGAAUUACCCUCUUCCCGGAAAUUUAUGAUUUCCAUGUUCAAUCCAAUUGAAUCUAUUCCUCGUAGAAUAGCUGAAGGUUACAUUAUAUAUUCGAAUCCUUCAUAAAAAAAGAUAUCUGUAAAACGAAA